GCUGCCGCCGCCGAGUGCUUAGACUCCAGGCAGCGGCCGGCUCCGCUCGCCCCGCUCGGAAAGUUGGGUCGGACCUGAACCUCUAAAAGCGGAACCGCCUCCCGCCCUCUAGCCAGCAGCCCGCUCGGAGCUGAGUCGCCGGCGGCGGUAGCGGCGGACGGACCGGGGAGUUUCCUCUCGCAUUGGAUGGAGCUGAACUUUGGGCGGCCAGAGCAGCGCGGCCGUCCGGGAAUCGCUGCGUGCUGAGCUCCCUCGGCGAGACCCAGCGGCAGCUCUGGAUUUUCGGGGGGGCGGGGACCAGCUGCGCGCCGGCACCAUGUUCUUGGCGACCCUGUACUUCGUACUGCCGCUUCUGGACGUGCUCCUGUCGGCCGAGGUCAGCGGCGGGGACCGCCUGGACUGCGUGAAAGCCAGCGAUCAGUGCUUGAAAGAGCAGAGCUGCAGCACCAAGUACCGCACGCUCAGGCAGUGCGUGGCGGGCAAGGAGACCAACUUCAGCUUGACAUCGGGCCUGGAGGCCAAGGACGAGUGCCGCAGCGCCAUGGAGGCCCUCAAACAGAAGUCGCUUUAUAACUGCCGCUGCAAGCGGGGUAUGAAGAAGGAGAAGAACUGUCUGCGCAUCUACUGGAGCAUGUACCAGAGCCUGCAGGGAAAUGAUCUGCUUGAAGAUUCCCCGUAUGAACCAGUUAACAGCAGAUUGUCUGAUAUAUUCCGGGUAGUCCCAUUCAUACCAGUGGAGCACAUCCCGAAAGGGAACAACUGCCUGGACGCCGCCAAGGCCUGCAACCUAGACGACACCUGUAAGAAGUACAGGUCCGCGUACAUCACGCCGUGCACCACCAGCAUGUCCAACGAUGUCUGCAACCGGCGCAAAUGCCACAAGGCCCUCCGGCAGUUCUUCGACAAGGUCCCGGCCAAGCAUAGCUACGGGAUGCUCUUCUGCUCCUGCCGGGACAUCGCCUGCACCGAGAGGAGACGGCAGACCAUCGUGCCGGUGUGCUCCUACGAGGAGAGGGAGAAGCCCAACUGCCUGAAUUUGCAGGACUCCUGCAAGACGAAUUACAUCUGCAGAUCUCGCCUGGCGGAUUUUUUUACCAACUGCCAGCCGGAGUCGAGGUCUGUCAGCAGCUGCCUAAAGGAGAACUACGCUGACUGCCUCCUCGCCUACUCGGGGCUUAUUGGUACAGUCAUGACCCCCAACUACAUAGACUCCAGUAGCCUCAGCGUGGCCCCCUGGUGUGACUGCAACAACAGUGGAAACGACCUGGAGGAGUGCUUGAAAUUUCUGAAUUUCUUCAAGGACAACACAUGUCUUAAAAAUGCAAUUCAAGCCUUUGGCAAUGGCUCAGAUGUGACCGUGUGGCAGCCAGCCCUCCCAGUUCAGACCACCACUGCCACCACCACCACAGCCUUCCGGGUCAAGAACAAGCCCCUGGGGCCAGCAGGCUCUGAGAACGAAAUCCCCACUCAUGUUUUACCACCUUGUGCAAAUUUACAGCACCACAAGUGCUCCGUCUUCCCACCCAGAGAGUGAACAAAAGCCCUGGGUCCGUGCUGUCUCCAGACCUGGCAUUUUAUAUCAAACCUUAGUUACCACCAUAAGUCAC